UCUCCAUUGUAUAAACAGAUCUCGGAGAUGUUACAACUAGCUUCCCCUUCUCCUCCUCCAACCCAAUGUCCCGUACGUAAACGUUCUUCCAGCCCAAUCUCCAACGAAAAAAAAAAGCAAAAAAUACCAAGAGAUUAUAGCACGGAAAAAAUACGGCCCAGCAGAAUAACGCCACAUACGCAAUCCCCACUUUCCCAAUCUCUCACCUCCCGCACCACACAUACCAAAGAAGAAGAAGAAAAUCCCCAGGAACAGACCCGAUACGCCGUCUCGCCAUCCCUGCACACCGUAGCGGGCCAUCCGAUGUCAUAAAUACACAUAUACGAAAACAACUAAGAUAGUCCCGAUCCCUAGUCUGGGAAUACCCCCGAUAGGGCAUAACUACACAUACAUGUAACUAUAAGUGUGCAUGCCAAGGGCCUGAUUGCGUGCAUGUAGCCGACGGAGAAGGAUUCCGGUGUGUUUGGAUUCUCCUAUUCGCUGGACAUGAUCCUCAGUUCCGCCUCGUUUUAUUUUUCCUUUUUUUGGGGGCCUCUGUCGGAUCAGAGGAUAAUGGAGUUGUAUGAAUGCGAGAUUAAGUCAUGUAUUCACGGGUCGAGCAUGCCUAUGGAUGCUGCCCUCUUCGGUGCCCACGGGUGGGAAAGGGGCUCCCUGGCUCGGAUGGUGUACUUCCUUUGUCUUUGGAGAUGAGUGUUUUUUCUGUGGGGUUUCCGGGAGGUGUUGCGUGUGUAGACGCGUAUACAUGAACCUUAAGUCUUCUUUUCUGCCUAUUGAACAUGGCUUUGAUUGGAUAACUGGCGUAGCGUUGUUAGACGACUACUGCUUAGUGUAAAACUCAAAGUCUCUCCUACGAAAAUGUUGUAGUGUAGUUGGACGAAAUUCCCAUGAGGCAUAGAUCUGUGUACCCAAGCAACUAUCACGAAGAU